GCUACUCGUUCACCCAUCUCCUAUUUGAUGUCAAAAUAACAUUUUUUUUUAUAUUUUUGGUCUCAAUAAAAGGCUACCUUGAUAGUUACAAAUGACCAGUAAAGAAGAGUUGCAGAGUACAUAAUCACAUGUAAACAAUAUUUUUAUCUAUGCGCCACACUGCAGCUACAGCAGUUUGCCAACCACGACGAACGACGGUACCCUAUCCAGCCUGGCAUUCAACCAUAGCACAAAGCUAAUAUAGUAAUAUACGAAAUUCAGGCAACCUCACUCUUUUGCGUGGAACAUUUGUCGCUGACCCACCAACUACACACGGUGACCCGCAAAAGUAAAACGACGGAACACACGGUUAGCGUCCUCCCUCCCCACCACCGACAAAAACCGUAACGACUACUACACUGCUACAACAAUCACCAUCACCAUAUUGGAGUCACCAAACCAGCCUGCGCGCCAGACUUCCGAGUCGCGGUUAUAGUCCCGCCACAACUCUCUCCCCUCCCACCAAGCGUAGCAUCAAAACAAGAGGUGUCGACGCCGUCGCAGCCGUCGCAGCCGCCGUCAAUGCAUCCCGCCAUCCCCUCGCAAACUGUAACAUCACUAUUCAUUCGUCAUUAAUUCCUUCACUCGUACGGUUGUCCGCCAUAUUUAAAUUUUUUACGUUAUUGAACCUCUCAGCCAACCGGCCCUCAUUGUCAUUGUAACAUCACCGUCGUAACGAAAACAGUCAAUCGUGUCAAUUACGAUUGCUCGUUACAUAAUUGCACUUAAUCAAUCGAUAUCAAACUCCUAGCGCUGUUCCUCAUAUUCCAUGUCUAUUAAGAUGCGAACGAUGAACGGUGCCCGACGACGGUGGCAUGACGUGAGCUACAGCCCUUCACGAUCGACUCAUUGACGGGUGGCCGACGACGGACGUCUCAGCUAUUGUGAACCGUGGAUUCCGGUUAAGGUACAUGUCAAAAAUCAAAAUCGAAGUUAAUAUGGCUCAUAAUCAAGAAAUAAAUAUGCAAUCAUGUACUAUAAAUGAUUUAUGCAGAUUAUGUGCAAAUUUUGAUGAAAACAUGAUACCAAUAUAUGCAGAUGAAGGAGCAGACCAUAUGUUAGAAAACAAAAUAAAAACCCAUCUUCCACUUAUAAAUAUUUCUGCAAAUGACUUAUUACCAAAAAGAGUAUGUUAUCAUUGCGCUUCUGCUGUGCUUGUUUGGAAUGAGUUGUAUGAAUGUAGUACUGAUGCAGACCAAAAACUUAGAAAUAUGUUUGAACUUCGUUCAUUUGACCAAAAUCAGUGCAAGGAUAUUCAAGAAGACAAUAGGUUACAUCCAACAUUAAAAAGGUACAUUGACUUGACAGAACCAGAUGGAACAUUGAAAAUAAUUCCUACUAAAGAAACUUCACUUUCAAACAAUUAUUCCUGUUCAUUUUGUUUUGAAAAGUUUUUGAAGAUUAGAGAUAAAGUAAAACACGACCGUGAUGUUCACGGUGUUCAAUCUAAUAUAUUGCCAAUAAAAUAUGUAAGUGACAGGUACAUAGAUAGUAAUAUGAAAAUUUCAAUUUCAAAUGUUGAGGAUAACAGUACAGAAAAAAAUCUUUCCAGCAUAGUUGAUGUAAGCAAUACAAAAUCAAUACAAGACUUUAAAAUAAAUAAUUAUGAUGUAUUAUGCGUUAUGUGUAAUGUUUCUUUUAAAUCCUUGUUGGAAAAGUUAGAGCAUGAUCAAAACUUGCACAAUGUGCAGACAACUAAACGAAGAAGCAAACGCGUUGGAGUAACUAAAAGUUAUGAUGAAUUGUUUGAUGAUGAAUCUGAUUUUGAUGAAGAAAUAAAAAAUGAUUCUUCAAAUUCUGGACAGUUCAAUAAUAAUAGUGUUCAAUCAAAUUCUAUUGAUCAAAAAAAUGGUAAUGAAAUGGACUUGAAAAAAGAGAAAGAGUUAGAAGACAUAAAAGAUGAACUUAUUGAAUCCGAUGAAAAGUCUGAUAUUGAAGAUUUCAAGUGUUAUUACUGUAAUCAACAAUUUCCUUCUAAACAUUUGGCUUCAAAACACGUCCGUUCACAUAUGUUAAAUAAUAAAAAACCAAUCCCAAAAAGUGACAUUUAUGAUAAGUAUAAAGUUAUGAUAGAUAAUAAAUUAUAUUACAAAUGCGAUCAAUGUAAUUAUAAUGUUGAAGGUAGGAGAUACAAGUUUGUGUAUCAUAUGAGGGUGCAUACUGGUGAAAAACCAUACACUUGUGAAAUGUGUAGUAAACAGUUUCGUACAGCAGCAUUUUUGAGACGCCAUAUUGUAUGUUUCCACGAUAAAGUUCGUAGUUAUCAGUGUGACAUUUGUGGACGUUCAUUUUCUGAGAAACGUAACGUUGAUGAUCAUAGACGCACACAUACUGGUGAACGGCCGUUUGUUUGUGAAACAUGCGGUAAAAGUUUUGCCCAGAGAUCAUCAAUGAAAAUUCAUUGGAAACAAAUGCAUGAAAGUAUAAAAGCACAUAAAUGUGAAUAUUGUGACAAAAGUUUUAUCAGAAGAUGUCAUUUAGUUGCUCAUUUAACCCAUCAUACAGGAGUGCGCAACUAUGUAUGUGCAGUAUGUGGUAAAGCAUUCUUGCGCAGUGGUACACUUAAAGGUCAUACAGCAGUGCACAGUUCAGAAAGGCCUUUUCAAUGUACUAUUUGUGGUGACACAUUUAAAUUGAAAAAACAUUUAAAACAGCAUGGACGAGUUCAUGAAACUCAGCAUUCAUUUGUUAAUAUGCCUCAAUUAGAAUUUAUUUCAACAACUGUAGAUAAUCAGAGGAGUUCACAAUACGAAAUCUCUGACAUAUUUCACAGAGAAGUGGAUAACGACUCCGCAGAUGACAACAUGUACCUGAAUGCGGCUGGCAUCGACGACGACAUAAAUGGACUUAUGAAUUGCCAUCGGCUGGAUGACAUUUCGGUGGCAGACGAUUGCAGCCUCGUGGUGCCGAAACAAGAGUAUCUGGACGUCAUAGAAGACAGCAACCACGAAGACGCAGUUGAUAAUCAACUUCCCACCGCAGGGAACAUAAACUCGGUUUGUGGAGGAGACGAUAUCACUAAUCAUAAUGAUAGUGAAGACUUCAAACCAAUUAUAGAUGGGAUUAACGUCAAUGAAACUAGUGGUGGGGAAAUAGAUGAACAGUCAAAAGGUGGCGACAGACGCAACGGAAACGAUGGUGAAGUAGGCGAUGAGAACGAUCGCGAAGACGAAGAAGAUGAAGAGGACGAUGACUGUGACCAGCUAAACAACAUGCAGGUGAGGCAGUUGUACGUAAGCAGUUCGUUGGACGGAGCUACCGCAGAUGAGGAUGAACAGCAGCAGGAAACCAUGUGCCAGAUAUGUGCGACCGUGUUCAAGACUAGGUACAACCUGUUGCGGCACUUCCAAAAGCGACACCCCGAGUACAAAAUGUACGAGUGCGACCUAUGUCGUAUCAGCUUCCCGUCCAUUGACGAGUUUAAAGACCAUCUUGAGGAGAAACACUCCAAAUUGCAUACCACGAACACAAUCGACUCGAAGCAAGUGCGUUUCGCGUGUGACGUGUGUGGCAAUAUGUACAAGAAUAAGGCGUCUGCUAUGAAUCACCUGCUGACGCACACCGCUAAAAAAACUGUGCGCUGCACCCACUGCGACUUCACGUGUUACACCAAGCAACAACUAGGCGUACACCAGACCAAGCACGACAAGCGGUUCGUAUGUGACAUAUGCCACAAACGGUUCGCACAAAAGUCGCAGCUGGACGUGCAUAUUAACGCGGUCCACUACAACCAAAGGCCGUACUCUUGUGUGCUUUGUAACAAGACGUUUAAAACCAAAGGGUCACACGAUGCUCACAUGAUCGUGCACACAGACACCCGAAAUUACCAGUGUCCGCACUGCGAUAAAAAGUGCCGGAAGCGGUACGAUUUAACAUUGCACAUCCGAACUCACACUGGUGAAAAACCUUUCAAGUGCAGUGUAUGCGGGCGCGGGUUCGUGCAGAUGUGCGAUACACGAAAGCAUGAGAUGCUCCACUUUAAGCCUGGCAAGCGGAAAAACUUAUUCUUCGAGUCUUCAGAGUCAGGAAUGGCCGAUGACGAAUGACAUACGGCGGCGGUGGCGGUAAGCGCUACAGACGACGAUGGUGAUGACGAUGAUGACACCACCAAUAACAACUCAAUUCUAUCACUACCAUCGCCACCGCCAUCACUAACCCUAUGACCCUGAUAGAUCCCACUGUAUUUUGUUUUUAGAUAAAACUUAAUUUUUUAUAUAUAAAUUUGUGUAUAAAUGUAUAUUUUUUUUUGUAUUUUACUGUAUUUUUUUUUAUGUUAUACAUUUUUAAAUAACAUUCUUAUAAAUUGUAUUAUUUGUAAUUAGUCAAAGUUCCUUUUCCACAACAUUUAAAUAGGAACAAACAAUUCUUAAACCCCUGGUGAGUUAGAGAAAAAUAAUUAAAGGCUAUUUCUUGUAAACUCAAUUAAAAUUAUUUGCCAGUUUCAAAAUACAUCCAAUUUGGUUUAUCUUAUCAUCAAGUUGAGUAUUGAAACUACAAAAAUGUGUAAAUAUGUGUAAUUAAGUAUUCUUAUAUCCAUGUAAUGUAUGUUGAUAAUGUAUAACACUUUCUACCUAUGUAUUAAAGUCUUUACUGAAUUGAAUUUUGUGAGUAAUUUAUAAAAAUAAAUACCUUAAGUACUAUA